AAAUUCCAAAGUAUAUGUUUUCAAAUUUGGAAAAAUUAAUUUUCAAUUUUCAAGAGUGAGGAGGGAGCCAUUCAUUUUAUUUACACACGGGCCCAAAUUGGUGUAGUUGUGGCACUGUGAGGUACACUAAAACUGAGAUACACUUGAUAUAAUAUUAUAGCGUAUUUUCUACAUAGGAUUUACUGCAUAAAAAUAGUGCACACGGACUAAGCCGGGUUAAUCUACUAGUAUUAUAUAAGUGUAUUUGGUUUCAAAACAAUAAAGUAUAAUUGAGAUUUCUUCAAAAUUGAAUUAAUAUUGCUUGCUCGAAUUGUAAUGAAGACUAACCUGACUAAGUAAAAUUCAAGCAAUAAGGAAAUAAUUAAUUCAAGAAUAAAUAAUUCUAACUUAUAUUUACUUAUUUUUUAAUUAGAAUCACUUACUUGUACAUCUAUGUUGUGCAACAUACCACGAAAAAUAUAAAAUUACAUUGUGUUGCUGCAUGUUUAAAUGUCCAGGGAGUUUUUUACCUACACCUAAUAUAGAAAAAUCAAAAAUAUUAAAAUUGGCAAACCUCAUAUUCUAACACAAAAUGGGAUUCAAGCUACUAAAUGUUUGAAUGAGAUAAAAUUUGGAGUGGGGAGAGCUGUACACAUGUAGCUCAUUUUUUUAACUGAAAAAAUUUAAUACAUUAUUAAAUAAACAUACAAUAUAUUAUACAAAUAUAUAAAUUCUUAUAAAUAUUUAUAAAUAGUUGUUGUAUGGGAUUGGAGGAUCUAUCUCCCUCAUUAUCUUAUUUUGACCACCGCCGCAGGUAACAAUAGAAGUCUGCCAACGCCUGAUUUCACAAUCAAAAUAUGACCAAAUUUAAAGGCAUUGCAUACAAGUUCAUAGGCGUGCCUACGGUGGCAUCCUAGGGUACUUGGGCUGCCCCUGCAAUUUUUGAAAAAUGCCGGUCUACCGAGUUUUAAGUCAGAAGGGUUACAACAUUUUUUUUUUUAACUUGGUUUUUUUGUGGUUAUUGUUAUAAUUACCAUAUACUUACAAAGAUUGAUUUCCUGACUUCCGAAUUGGAAAAACCUACUAUAAAGACUUGAGACAGACGACGACGGUACAGUACCUACGCAUCUAGGUACUAUUGAUAUUAUUGUAGAAUUAUUUUUGAUUUGUAGCUAGGUGGACAGUAGGCGGUGUAGGUAAUCCAAGGCUGUGGAUGAAUAAUAUUUCUGAAGUUACUAUAGAUUAUUUUUGUAAAUAGAUAAUUUAGACUUUUUUUAAAUGAUGUAAAUAUUUCAUUGUGGAGGGGGGGAGCUUAACAAAAUACGGCUUUGGGUGUAUAGGGCUUUUUUUACUUCAUUAAGAAGGUAGCGCUGGUUAUUAGCUAGGCUGCCCUUGCCGAUUAAGUCUAGUCACGCCUAUGCACAAGUCUUAUAUUUUUAUAAUUUCUUUUUAAUUAUUAAUAAACCAUCCUAUUUGAAUGGUACUCACAGGUUGACCUCUCGAGCACCACUCAAUCCAGAAACCAGUUUUCAAACAAGACACCGAAUACUGGUCAGUGGUCACAUCUAAAUCAGCCGUGUUCGACGCUUUGGCAAACGGCAGUCGGCACUAGAGCCCAGCAACCAAGUGUGAGAAUAGCUGUUCCUUAUCAUUACUAUACAUUAUCAUCACAGUUUGUUCUGUCUUAUUAUAAGGUUGUCGUAUAAUAUUUACAGAACACACAAACGAAUUGUUUUUAUUUUUAAAUAAAACUGAAUCGUUUGCGUAUGCGAUGGAUCAACGGCCUACAGUUUCAACAGAUUUGAAUUCGACGAAAAUCAAAGUCAAAGGUUUCGAGGUAAACUACAUUAAAGUUGGAAACGGACCACAAAAAUUGUUGAUAUUUCCUGGAGUUCUAGGUCAAAUAAGUGAUUUUAGGCCGCUGACGGAAAACCUCGAUGGAGACAAAUAUACGAUAUACGUAUGGGAGCCUCCGGGCUACGGUCGAAGUCGACCACCGGGCAAAGACCUGUCGCCGGGAUUCUUGUACCGCGACGCCGAUUGCGCCAUUACGCUUAUGGAGGCGUUGGGUAUCGACAGGUGUUCGAUGUUGGGCUGGUGCAACGGCGGGUGCACCGCGAUGAUCGCGGCGUCCAGGGCCGCAGAUCGGGUCGACAAGCUGGUGGUAUGGAACUGCAACGCUUACGUCACGGCCAGAGACCUCGAGUUUUACGAGACGAUACGCGACGUCCGCGACUGGCCUGAAGGUAGGAGAGUUCCGCAGUUCGAAACGUAUGGCGAGGAAUACGUGUCGGACACUUGGCACGGGUGGAUAGACGCGUUCCGGAAAAUUCUCGACGAGCACGGCGGCGACGUGUGCCGCGGCGCACUGGCCAAGAUAAACGCACCCACGCUCAUCGUGCACGGUGCAAAAGAUGAGUUCGUACCGGUCGAGCACGGUGUAUAUCUGCACGAAAACAUCAAGCGCUCGACACUUGAAAUAUUUCCAGAUGGCAAGCAUGUCUUACAUUUUAUGUCCACACACAAGUUCGUUUCGAUUGUGGAUAACUUUCUAAGCAGUAGUGCAUAAAUAACCACGAUCACUUGCCACGCAUUUAAAAUCUAUAAUAUUGUGAAUGACUUAAUAUUACAAGAAGAUAUUAAUUGUCGAGGCUUACACGUACAUAAUGUUAUAACUUAAUAUUAUAUAAAUUUAAAGUGAAAUUACUUUAACUACUGUGAAGAUCCAAGCAGAUUUGUUAAACUCAACUUAAUAAUAAUAAGCCAUGAUUAAUUGGUAAAUAACAUUUUAAUUUAUCUUGUAAUGUAAUAGUUAUAUAUUUACUUUAGAGA